AUGUCCGCAAGCUCCGGCGUCGAUGGAUGGUGCAACGUCUGUUCGCACGCCAACAACGAGCACAACUACUAUACCUGCGAAGCGAAGGGCUGUCGGAAGAAGUUCAAGGUCUGCCAGACAGGCAGCCAUCAAGAGUGGGAAAUAGAGGCAGGCUAUGUGCUUUGCAAGUGGUGUCGGGACCAUCCUUACGCGUGCAGCAGGGUUGACGCAUACAACAUCAAGCGACUGACUGGCUGA